AUGGCACAACAACACAUGGCUGCCAUGGGUGGCCCUGUUGGCGGUGGUCCCAUGGGUCUGCCCAUUCCUGCAAAUCCAAUCACACAGAGCAUGACGCCAGAACUGGUCAUGCGCAAACUCAAUACCGCCAUUUACGAAUACAUGAUAUGCAAUGAGAAAUACGACAUCGCUCGGUCGAUACUGAAAUCGAUGCCCGUGGAGACCACUGAUGGCGGUAUGAAGCAAUCCCCGAAAACUCACCCCAAUGGCAUCGACCCGACGAUGGAUUUGGACAGUAAGGAGACCAUCAACAUGAAGAACCGGCCCGAUGACCUCCCGGCGCCAGCAUCAUUGUUUCCCUCAUCAGAGGACCACCCAUUUCUACAAGACUGGUGGUGCAUGUUCUGGGACCUCUGGAAGGGUCAACGCAGCGCUGGAAAAGCCAACACCCUCACGUACAUCGGCGCUCAACGUCAGGCGCAAAAGGCCCGUCAGAGCAUGAUGGGCUUGGAUCCGAACGCGGUUCAGAACGGCAUGCGCGUUGCACAAAUGAAUGGCAACAUUCCCGAUCACCUUCGUGUGCAAGCCAUGCAAAGAGGAAUGCAACCUGGCAAGAUGCCACCGCGCGGGCCUCCCAACGGCAUGGUCAAUCCUGCUAUUGGUAAUCCGAUGCAGGCAAAUGCCAUGGAACGUCAGGGUUCCGCCAUCAACAUGAAUGAUGCGCGCAACUCUGGUUCCCCGAACAAUGGGGACAACGCGCCAUCUCCCAAGCGCUUGCGCACUGAGGGCAGCAUGUCACAGUUGAAUCAAGCACGACCCGGACAGCAACCAAACAAUCAGUCCCUUGAAGCCUAUUCCCAAGCCCUCAGACAAAAAAUGCAGGGUUCAUUGAACGAUCCUAAUUCUGACGCGAGCUUAAAGGGCAUCUCUCCAAAUCCCGCCAUGAUGAAUGGUCGGCCACUCGGUGCCCCGCAGAACGGCAUGAAUGGCGGCGUGAACGGUCCAGAGUACUAUGCCGCAGAUCGAAUGCCUGGUGGAGCUGCUGGAGCUCCCAUGGAUGGCAGCCAGCAGGCGGUCACGCAGACCGGCAAUCACGCGUUACAAGAUUACCAAAUGCAACUCAUGCUCCUAGAGCAGCAGAACAAAAAGCGGCUAUUACUCGCGCGCCAGGAACAAGAUCACACCGGAAACCAGCAUCCUUUGACCAUGCAUGGUCUCGGUGGUGGAGCAAUGCUCGAUCCCUCACUGAACAAUCCUGCCAUGCGUAAUGCUAUGGCAGCUAGUGCCGCCGCCAAUGGCCGUGCCCCUCCAGGUAUGCUUGAAGCGCAAAUGCAGAUGUUGCGCGCAAACCCAGGUCCAGCCGGUUUCCCGCCUGGACAGCAGCCUGGCAGACUUCCGCCAGGGCAACAGCAACAGAUGAUGCACGCGCAGGCUCAAGCCCAAGCCCAAGCGCAGGCGCAGGCGCAGGCGCAGGCGCAGGCUCAGCAGCAAGCCCAGCAGCAACAGCAACAACAACAGCAGCAGCCGCAGCAACCACAGCAACCAGCGCAACAAACCAACCAACCUCCGAACAUGACACCCCGACAAGGCAAUAUGCCCCCACCUCCUGCUCCACCUGGCACCGCUGCGGGUACUGGCAAUCCUAGCAGUCCUGCUCAACCACCUGCUCCACCCACCCCUGCACAGGGCAAGGGCGGUAAAAACAAUAAGAAGGAUGCGAAGAAUGCAAAGGCUUCUGGCAACAAAAAGGGCGCCAAUGCAGCUGCUCUCAAUGACUCUGCCGAUGCACCACCCACCCCCACACCGCCACCAUCCGCAACACCGAACGCUUCAGGGCCAUUCAACCAUAAGAACGGCCCGAUGUCGAACGGUCAAAACUCGACUCCAACCCCCAUGCAGAAUCCUAACGGUGUCCCUCCGAACAUGCAAGGCCAGCAACACUCUCAACAGCCCGGCCAGAACCCGAACCAGGACAUGUCCGGAAUGUCAUUCGACCUCACGAAUGGUCCCAACGGCGGUCAGAUGCCUCAGAACGGACCCGGUGGUCCUCCCGGCGCCGACCAAUUCGGCCUCGGCGGCAACAUGGACUUUGCCGAGCUUUCCACCGGCGAUGUUCUGGACACAUUCGACUUCGACUCGUUCUUGCAUGGCUCGAAUGACCCGACGAAUGAUUUCUUCGAUGCCAACAUGGCUUUUGGUGACGUCGCACCCAUGGAAGCGGACAUGUCUUAG